ACUUCCUCAUUCUCCCAAAAUUCAUUCAUUCACACACUCAAAGCUUAAUUAUUCACAUAUACGAUUCAUUCAUUCAAAUUCUUCAUGACAGUUAUCAAGAGAGAAAGAGAAACAAACAAUGGAAAAGAGAGCAUAGAUUAUUUGGCAAAUACCCUAAUGUUGCUCUCAAGUGCCAUAGAAUUGAAGAGUAGUGAGAAAUUCGAGUGCAAGACAUGUGGCCGCAAGUUCGCAUCUUUUCAAGCACUUGGUGGGCACAGAACCAGUCACAAGAGACAAAAGCAUAAUGGUGAUCAUGGUGAUGAGCAACAACUCAAAUCAGAGGCCAAGAAACCCAAGAAGAUGCACGAGUGUUCAAUCUGUGGAAUGGGAUUCUCUUUGGGGCAGCAAUUAGGUGGCCACAUGAGAAAGCACAGAGAGAAUAAUAAUAAAGGGUUUUCUUCUAAUCCUAUAAACCAUGCUGUUGUCAAAGUUCCGGUUUUGAAGAGAUCAAAUAGCAAGAGGGUUAUGUGUAUGGACUUGAACUUGACGCCAUUGGAGAAUGAUCUCAAGUUGUUGUUUGGAAACAAGGCACCACGAGUUGAUCUUUCUUUCUUGUGAUGUAUAGUUAGUUAGGACUUAGACAGAUAUUUUUAUUCGUACUUUUUUUCAAUUAUUUUUGGCUGUAAAGAUUCAUUAUUGAUUUAUAUAUAUUAGAUGAUUGAUUCAUUAUCAA